UAUACAACCUUUAUAGAUCAUCACAUAUAAGUUUAAACUUCCCAUUAUCAAUUGUCACACAUUAAUUUAAACUUUCCGGCAUCAGUUGUCAGAUAUUAGUUUAAACUUCCCAGUAUUAACUGUCUCAUAUAAGUUUAAACUUCGCAGGUGCAGCUAUUGUAUAUCAGUUUAAACUUCCCAGUAUUAACUGUUUCAUAUAAGAUGAAACUUCCCAGUAUCAAUUGAUACAAGUUUAAAAAAUCCCGGCAUAUACCUCCCAGUGUGAAAACUUCCCAGUAUCAACUCCCACACCAUUACCAACGCGACCGCUGCAUCUUAUUGUACAGAAGAAGAAGAAGAAGAAGGGUUAGGGUACUCGUCAGCAGUCUCAACAAACGCGAUAAUUUGUGAUAAGAUAAUGCUAGAGGUUCUUUCUCAGUCCAAGAGUUACUGCGGUCGCUGCCAAGUCGUGAAUUCGUCACUGGAGUUGAAUUGUGUUUGUCUGUGAUUUUUAUAAACGCACUGCGCUCCAUCGGUGACAGAAAAUUAAAAUGGCGGAAUCUUACAACCCCACGGAAUGCGGGGUAUGUCAAGAGGUCUUCGACGACGAAACGAGAAGUCCGCGCAACCUGCCGUGUUCCCACCACCUCUGCAGCAUGUGCAUCGGCGCUCUCAUCCGCAGGAAUGACAAGAAAUGCCCCUUCUGCCGAAAGCCCUUCGUCGCUCUCUCCCCGGGAGACCUCAUGAAGAACAACGGGCUGCUGGAGUGCAUGCAUUACCUGGCACAUAUGACGAGAGAUUCCAGCACCUUGAAAGGGAAAGACCAGAAUUCCUACCGAAGCAAGUUAGAUGAACUAAAAUCAGAUGUGUUAAAAUCGAAUGAGAAACUCCUGGAAACUCUGGAAAACCUGGAAAGACGGCUGGAGAAAGUGGUAUACGAUGCCAAUAGGCUCAAAGCAGCGAUAACGAGAGAAGACUCGCAUAUCAAGGAAAAGGUCGUUGAGAAGAUUUAUGACAUAGUUGCUAGCAACGCCAAGAGCAUCGACGAGCUGGAAACGGCUGAGAAUUCAGUGAAAUAUCAACUAAACGAUCUGCUCUGCGAAAAGAACGGCAUUGAAUCGUUCAACGAGGAACUGCAAGAAAGUAAGACCUUUACGGAAGUUGCUCGGUUGAUGGAUGAGGCUGCAGAGAUGGGUUCUAGGGUAGACGACUGGACCAGACAAGUCAAGGAAAACCUGCAAGAAGAAGAAGCUGCUCUACUAAAGAAAGAGAAGGAAGUGAAAGUUCUCGAGGAGAAAAUGAAGGUCAUGAAGGAAAUAUUAAACAGUAGAUGAGGACACCACUUCAAAUUUUUUCCUUAUCUGAAUAUAUGGAAGAAUUUUCCAACAUCAAAUGCAUUGUUAAGGUAA